AUGUCAACACUUCUCUUUUCAUCCAUACUUCUCAUAAUGAAAUUCUUAUUCUUUUUAUAUGUGGAUGAUAUCAUUAUUACCGGCAGUAAUUCAACUUCUAUUCACAAUCUUAUUCGUGAACUUGGCACCCAAUUUGCAAUGAAAGAUCUUGGUCCUCUCUAUUACUUUCUUGGUAUCGAGGUACACCGUGAUUCAAAUGGCAUCUUUUUAUCUCAAUCCAAAUACUCCAUUGAUCUUCUUACAAGAGCAUAUAUCGAUAGUGCGAAAGCAUGCACUUCACCAGUUUCUUCUCAUAAGAGGCUCUCCCUCAUUGUAGGCGAUUCUCUUGAUGAUGCAACCUUCUAUCGGAGUAUUGUCGGGGGACUUCAAUAUUUAUCCAUGACGCGACCAGAUUUAGCCUUCUCUGUUAAUCAGGCUUGUCAAUUUAUGCAUGCACCAACUUCUGAACAUUUAAUUGCUGUCAAAAGAAUCCUUCGAUUUCUCAAAGGAACAGUGGACCAUGGACUUUAUAUUGGAAUAGGCGAUCUUAAUUUGCGCGCCUAUUGCGAUGCCGAUUGGGCAGGAGAUCCCGAUGAUCGCCGCUCUACUAGUGGAUUUGGUGUUUUUCUUGGUCCGUGUUUAGAAUCUUUGUCACACCCCGAGACCCGCGUAUUUUGUCGAAUUCGAGCCCACUAA